AUGGAGCGGCAGCUGCUCGCGCAGGAGCGGCGCCUCAGCGGCACCGGUGUGGCCCUGGUGAAGCGGCGGCCCAGCUACAGCAAAGAGCUGGAGAUGAAAUCGACCCUGCGGGAGCUGCUCGUCUACAUCGUCUUCCUGGCCGACCUCUGCAUCUUGAGCUUCGGGAUGGUCAGCACGGACAUGUACUACCUGAACAGGGUGAUGGCGCAUCUCUUCCUGGAAACCUCUUCCUCCGAGGCAGAUGGGGUUACCUUCAGGAGCAUCAGCAGCAUAGCCGAUUUCUGGAAGUUUGCAGAAGGUCCCCUCUUGGAUGGACUCUACUGGGACAAAUGGUAUAACAACGUGACAUUAACCAUGCAGAAAAACAGCAGCCAUAUCUACUAUGAGAAUUUACUGUUGGGAGUAGCCCAGGUUCGACAGCUAAAAGUGCGUAACGGUACCUGCUCCAUCUACCCGUAUUUCCAGACUCUUCUAAAAGACUGUUACCGUGAGUAUCGCUAUCGAGCUGAAGACAGGUCAGCUUUUGGUCUAAAGAACGGAUCUGAGUGGAAAUAUCUCUCUGUCUCCUCUUUAUCCCCAUGGUACUGGGGCUAUGUGGGCUUGUAUAGCAAUGGAGGAUUCAUAUUCACUCUACCCAAGUCCAAGCGGGACAGCAUGGAGAAGCUGGUGUUUCUCAGGCAGAACAGCUGGCUCACCAGAGGAACCAGGGUUGUGUUUAUUGACUUCUCUAUGUAUAACGCCAACGUAAACCUUUUCUGUAUAAUCAGGUUGGUGGUAGAGUUCCCUGCAACCGGGGGUGCUCUCACCUCCUCACAGAUCUACUCUGUGAAGCUCCUCAGAUACGUCACGUAUUAUGAUUACUUUCUGGCCUCUUGCGAAGUCACCUUUUGCUUGUUUGUCAUUGCAUUCAUAAUCCAUGAAGUCAUAAAAAUAGCAAAACUGAAAAGAGACUAUUUCAGAAGUGCCUGGAACUGGCUGAAUAUACUAUUGGUGGUGAUAUCUAUCAUUGCCAUUGCUUUCAACAUCUACCGCACUGUAGAAGUGUCCCUGUUAAUGGAAGAGCUGCUCUCCAACUCGUCUGUGUACCCAGACUUUUACUUCCUUGCAUCCUGGCAAGUCCAUUACAACAACAUGAUUGCAGUCAAUGUCUUCUUUGCCUGGAUAAAGAUAUUUAAAUACUUAAGCUUUAACAAGACGAUGACUCAGCUGUCCUCCACUUUAUCCCGCUGCGCCAAGGACAUCAUUGGAUUUGCCAUCAUGUUCUUCAUCAUUUUUUUUGCAUACGCACAGUUAGGCUACCUGGUCUUCGGCUCACAAGUUGAUGAGUUUUCCACGUUUCAAAACUGCAUCUUUACACAGUUUCGCAUUGUGCUGGGAGAUUUCAACUUUGCAACUGUAGAAGAAGCAAACAGCAUCCUCGGGCCUAUUUACUUCAUCACGUUCGUGUUCUCCGUGUUCUUCGUGUUGCUGAACAUGUUUCUGGCUAUUAUAAAUGACACCUAUUCAGAAGUCAAGGCAGAUUUUGCAGUGAUACCAAGUCAAGAAUUCGCCAUCAGUGACUUCCUGAGGCAGGCCCUGGUCAAGCUCAAGCUGAAGCAAAUGGAGACGGACAUGAAGGUGGAAGAAGAGAGCCUGGGGAGCGGCUACCCAAAGCCGGCACAGCUACAGAAAUGGAAGGAGAACUUUCAUCAGAGGGAGGACCUCGGCUCUGUCUCCUCUCAGGGCUCUGUCUCCCCCGAGGAAUUUCAGCAGCUUUUCAGGUACACUGCUGAGUUGGAAAAGGAAUUAGAUGGUAUUAACAAAAAGCUCCAUAAAAUUAUGAAAAAAAAGUAACCGCUGAAGGUCA